AAAUUAAAAUCGAGAUGAUGAAAUCAGUCAGUCGGAAGUCUAUUGACUUUUCGUAUACAAAACAACCUACUGAGUCUAUGACCUUAACGGUCUGGAUUACUUUCUGCAAGUCUUAAUUCUUCUAUUUCCCUCAAAUGGUAGAAAGUCUGCCACAGUAUUUCUGACGUUCGGCCCGUCGUCUUAUAGUCUCGCGACUCCAACGUCGGCCGGUCAAAUGAUAUCAAAUUAAAGGUCUCAUCACGACAAAUCUCCACCCUGUAUUCUCAUAUUUUUCGCCGGCCGCUUUCGCGGGCUCCUGCGCGAAUACCCUCCAGACCUUCGACAUGGACUCACGAUAACCUCUUUGUGGGCCGGGGGGCCACCAAACAUCUAUCCGCUAUUGCUACCGCAGGACUAGGUGUACCGCCGCGGGGUGAUGGUUUCCACCUCGACCCUCCUAUUUAUUACCCCCCAACAUUGCCAGGUCAAAACCCGAGAGACCCAAAUACUAAACUACUCGACAACUUCUUCUAUAAGCCACCACCACCCCCGCCAAAUACCGAAGUUUCUUUUCGGCGUGUUGGGACCUCUGUAAAGAUCCCUAUGUCUGCUUCUCAGUUAGAGGCAACAGCAGAAGCAGUGGCAAAAGCGGACGUGGAGCUGGAUGUCGAAGCCGAAGCAGAAACACUAAAGCCAAUACCAAAAGUCAGACUCUACAACAAGAUUCAUAUCGUUGGGUUUGACGCAAAUGCUCGAUUUGCCGCACAAGCUCUUUCCAGCGUCGAUAGAUUACCUCCCGUUCAACUGCUCACUCAUAACAUACAAUCUAUGAAAACAUGGAGAGAAGAGGGUAAGGCCGUUACGGUAUAUAAUAUUAAAGGAGUCCCCUUGACGACCCGAGCCGUCCCAUGUCCAGAAUAUAUCGGCCGCCAGUUCGCUCAGAGGUGGGAACGACCGCCUAUUUUACACAAUAUCAUAGUUAGUACCGUUACUGGAGCAGUUAUCCCCAGUCUGGCUGCCCUUAGUCAUUCUAUCGAUCGCCGAACGACAGUCUGCUUAGUCACACCGGGAUUGGGGCUAAUGGAGCAGUUGAAUGAAACGCUCUUCACGGACCCAGCUUCGAGGCCAAAUUACGUCCUCUGUCACAGCGACCAUAGAUUUUCGAGGGUGUCUUCAUAUCAAUAUUCCAUAAAACAUAUACCUGGGAAGCUUCUUCUUCACGCCGUCGCUAGAGAUGAUGAAGAUGUAGACCUGGAUAGAAGAACUUCCGAAGGGCUUGGACGUCAACAUACCAACCAUAUGAUGAAACUUCUCUCCAAAUCCGGCGACCUAGCUGCGAUUCCUCUAUGCUGGGAGGUCUUUCUACGACAAAAAUUACCGGGGAUGGUUUUCAUGUCCCUUGCCGAUUCAUUGUCCGUCAUUCUAGGCUGCAGAUUCGGUCAAAUAAGGGAUAGUAGCCACAUCAUGGAGUUUUGGGAUAGAUUGUUGGAAGAGACUCUGCUCAUCAUCGAGUCACUUCCCGAGUUUCAAAAAUAUCCCGACCUACUUGGAUUCUUUACUCGAGAAUCAUUUCCUAAAAAGCUUAAAAGGAAGUUAGAAUUACAAAAGCCCCAAUACAGCCAGUGGAUAUCGAUGAUCCGCAAAGCAAAGAUGCCUCCCGUAGACGUAACCAACGGAUACUUCGUUCGGCGGGCCCAGGAGCUUGGAAUGAGGCAUGCCUUGAACAGCCAAGUAAUAGCUUUGGUAAAAGGACGGCAAGCAGGCAGAUACAAAGAGCUGCAAAUGGAUAUUCCAUUAGGCUUACAGCCCUACUUCCAAGAUUAUGAUAAGGUUGGGGGUGGCCAACCCAGAGAUGAUCCGAUCUUGGACAACGAGAUCGAUUUCUGAAUUUCAUCGGUACUGUAUAUAUACAUUGUACAUAUAAACACAGAAGAAAUGUAUACCGAAUUAGACAUCGUUAGAAACGUC